CACAUUAUGAAAGAUGGAAGAUUUGGAUGCGUGUGAUUAGUGAAAAAAGGGGAAGUGAUGCUGCCUAAUUAUACACACGAUGGGCUAACCCGGCCACCUGUUACUUUCAUCUCAUCACCAGAGCUGAUCAUCACUGUUGAGCUUCUUUCACUACGCCAUCAUACCCUCGCAGGAGGACCUCUCUUGAAGCUCCCAGGAACGAUGUUCUUCCAGCUUAUGUGUGUGCCACUGCUGGGCUUGUGGUGUUGCCUCUCGACAACAACGGCGAUUGUGUCUUACCCCAAAACGCUGCCGUGUGAUGUCGUCGAGGACCACAACGGCAGCAUGGUGACGGUGGACUGCACCGAGCGGAGCCUCAAGGAAAUCCCCCGAGGCAUCCCCAGGGACACGACCAAUCUGACGCUCACCAUCAAUCACAUUCCCAAAUUAAACUCCUCCUCCUUCGUUGGUCUGGAGAACCUGGAGGAAAUCGACAUGAGGUGCAACUGCGUGCCGGUCAAAAUCGGGCCCAAAGACCGCAUGUGCACCGCCAGCGUGAUUAUAGAGGAAAACACCUUUACCAGCCUGAAGAAGCUGCGAGCGCUUUAUCUCGACGGCAAUCAGCUCUACGCCGUACCUAAGGGCCUCCCUCAAAACCUCAUCCUGCUCAGUUUGGAAGUGAAUCACAUUUACAACAUUUCUAAGGCAAACCUCUCCGAGAUCAGAAAUAUUCAGAUGCUGUACCUGAGUCAAAACUGUUAUUUCCGUAACCCAUGCAAUGCAUCAUAUGCUAUAGAGGAUGGUGCGUUUUUGCAGCUAAACAAUUUAACAUUGCUGUGUCUUAAGUCAAAUAACUUAUCCUUCAUCCCGCAUCAACUGCCAAAAAGUCUGAAGGAGUUGUACCUCUACAACAACAACAUCCAGGUCGUCGCCGACGACGACUUCAAGAACCUCACUAACCUCCAGAUCCUGGAUAUCAGCGGAAACUGUCCGCGAUGCUACAACGCUCCCUUCCCGUGCAUCCCGUGCCCCAAUAACUCCCCUCUGAAUAUCAGCAGGACGGCGUUUAAAGCGCUGACCAAGCUAACGACGCUGCGCCUGCACAGCAACUCGCUGACGUGCGUGCAGUCCGAGUGGUUCGCCAGCACGCCGGAGCUGAGGGAGCUGGAUCUCUCCUCCAACUUUCUAGCCAGAGCGAUAGCGUUCACGGACUUCCCUCGGUACCUUGUGAAACUGGAGGAGCUGGACCUCUCGUUUAACUAUGAGCUUCAGCGGUACCCCGAAACGCUGAGGCUGAGCUGCAGCUUCUCCUCCCUGGAAUCCCUGCGAAUUCUCCGACUGAAGGGCUUCGUGUUUCAGCAGCUGCAGCCGGAGAGCAUCGCGCCUUUGAAACACCUCCCCAGCUUGGAGGUGGUCGACCUCGGCACAAACUUCAUCAAGAUGACAAAUCUGAGUAUUCUGAUGGAACUGAAGAGCUUUAAAAUAAUUAGUCUGUCUGACAACAAGAUUUCCUCCCCCUCCGACGGCCUGGAUGGUGUGGGUUUUUCGGGUGGAGAGCCCCUGCACUGGUCGCCCAUGUCGGCCGCGGCUCAGUACAAAAGUAAGGAAGUGAGAGAGAUGCACUACUUCAGGUACGACGAAUAUGCCCGCAGCUGCAAAUACAAAGAUAAAGAACUUGGAAAAAUCACAUCCUUUGUCAACAAGAAUUGCAGUCAGUUCGGCAAAACCCUGGAUGUGAGCAGAAACAACAUAUUCUUCCUGCACUCCAGGUUUUUAAAUUUCGGAGAGCUGCGAUGCCUCAAUCUGUCGGGCAAUGCAAUGAGCCAAAGUCUGAAUGGCUCGGAGUUUACAUACCUGACUAAUUUACAAUACCUAGACUUCUCCUAUAAUCGCUUGGAUCUGCUCUACCCCACUGCCUUUCAAGAGCUGAAAAAUCUGGUCAUCUUGGAUAUAAGUUUCAACAACCAUUACUUUGAGUCGGAGGGCCUGACUCAUAUGCUCAAUUUUAGUAGGAAUUUGAAAAAACUCAAGGUGUUGCUCAUGAACAACAACAAGAUCUCCACUUCCACCAACACAGAGCUGGAGAGUCAAUCUCUGGAGAUUUUGGAGUUCAGAGGAAACCGGCUGGAUAUGUUGUGGAGGGACGGGGACACCAGAUACGUCAACUAUUUCAAGAACUUACUUAACCUCACUGUCCUCGACAUCUCUCAAAACAACCUCAAUUUCAUUCCACCCGAGGUGUUCAGCGGUCUGCCAGACAAACUAUCCGAGCUCUACCUCAAAAACAACAAACUGAAAGACGAAUCUUUUAAUUGGGAGAAACUGCAGCUCCUGCAGUCUUUGGAGGUCUUAGAUCUCAGUGGAAACAGUUUGACUAGUGUCCCCCCCAUGCUGUCAAUCUGUUCCAAAUCUCUAAAGAAGCUGCUUUUGCAUAAAAACCAAAUCCUAAAACUCACGCCGGAUUUCCUCAAGGAUGCCCACAAGUUAAAAUACCUGGAUCUCAGUUACAACCACAUACAGCACAUUGAGAAGUCCAGCUUUCCAGAUGACGUCGUGGAAAAGAUGCAAAAGCUGCUUCUGCACAACAACAGGUUCCUGUGCACUUGCAACGCCACGUGGUUCAUCACGUGGCUCAACAGGACCACGGUGACCAUCCCCAGACUGGCCACGGACGUUACAUGCGCCAGCCCGGGGGCGCAGAGGGGUCAACCCGUGAUCUCAGUGGACCUGCUGGCCUGCCAGCACAGCUACCUGUCAAUCAUCCUCUACACCCUGACGACCUCCCUGGUCCUCAGCUUCCUCACGCUGUCAAUCUCCAGCCACCUCUUCCUGUGGGACGUCUGGUACAUCUACCACUUCUGCAGGGCAAAGUUCAAAGGCUACCGGCGCCUGUGCUCCCAGGGCUCCGCCUACGACGCCUUUGUGAUGUACGACAAGGAGGACCCGGCGGUGACGGAGUGGGUGAUGAAGGAGAUGUGCGCUCAUCUGGAGGAGAGCGGGGACCGCUGCCUGACGCUGUGUCUGGAGGAGCGGGACUGGACGCCGGGCUGCCCGCUGAUCGACAACCUCUCCCAGAGCAUCCACAGCAGCAAGAGGACCGUGUUCAUCCUCACCGGCAGCUACCUCAAAAGCGGCAACUUCAAGACGGCCUUCUACAUGGCCAACCAGAGGCUGAUGGACGAAAAGAACGACGUCAUCGUGCUGAUCUUCUUGGAGAAGGUGGCUUGCGAUUCAAAGUACCUGAGAUUGAGGAAGAGACUGUUCAAGCGGUCGGUGCUGGAGUGGCCGACGAACCCUCAGGCCCAGCUGUACUUCUGGUUCAGCCUGAGGAGUGUUUUGGCAACCGAAAGUCACAAGCAAUACAACAAUCUAUUUAAAGAGACGCUGUAAAGAGAAAAAGCAAUUCACCGAAAUACUUGGUUCCUCCUUUAAUUCGGGAUCGUUGUGAUAAAUCGUGCGU